GAAACACAACAAAAAAGAGAAAACAUGUGCACGUUCUUCAACAAAAAGAGAAAACAUGUGCACGUUCUUCUGUUAAGUUACUGUUACUGUUAACUCUUAACAGCAACCACUUUUUCAAUGGCUACUCUCUCUCUCUUCAAUCUCACAUCGAUUUCUCCCGCUUUCAGAUUCAAAGUCUCCGCCAUGGCACCUUCCGUCGUCACCACCAGAGUUGCUCCCGCCGUCAUUGUCGGCGGUGGAAGAGUUGGUAAAGCUUUACAAGGUAUGGGUGAUGGUCAAGAUAUUCUUCUUCGACGUGGUGAUUCUGUUCCUAUUGAUUUUCAAGGUCCGAUUUUGGUUUGUACUCGUAAUGAUGAUCUUGAUUCUGUUCUUAAUUCCACUCCUCUUUCCAGAUGGAACGAUUUGGUGUUUUUCCAAAAUGGAAUGUUGGAACCAUGGCUUGAGAGUAAAGGUUUGAAGGAAGGGAACCAAGUGUUGGCAUAUUUUGCUGUGUCAAAACUUGGAGAGUCACCUAUUGAUGGUAAGACUGAUACCAAUCCUGAAGGAUUGACAGCUGCUUAUGGCAAGUGGGCUUUGGCUGUUUCUGAAAGAUUGCAAGCUGGAGGCCUCUCUUGCAAGGUUCUGGACAAGGAAGCGUUUGAAAAGCAAAUGUUAGAGAAGCUCAUAUGGAUUUGUUCUGUCAUGCUUGUUGGAGCACGUCACGGAGGGGUUCCUGUUGGUUAUGUGGAAAAGGAAUUUCACUUGGAAUUGUGUAGCCUGAUAGCAGAACUAGCAUCAGCAGCGGCAAGUGAAAAGGGGUUGAUAUUUGAAGAUGCCAUGGAAGACCGAUUGUGUGCGUAUUCUCGAGCUGUCGCACACUUUCCCACGGCAGUUAAGGAGUUCAAAUGGAGGAAUGGUUGGUUUUAUUCUCUUUCUGAGAAAGCUAUUGCACAAGGCAAGCAGGAUCCAUGCCCUCUACAUACUCAAUGGCUCAAAGAUUUGAAAAUUGUAUAACACUUCUAGUUUCAUUCGUCACUAGGUUACUAGCUUCCAAUUAGCUAUGUGUAGACUUUUAGUGACUAGCUUGAAAGAGUAAUUAGUUACCAACUUGUAGAAUUAUACAAAUAUAGGUAAUGAUGUUCAUAUUUCGUUUCCUUUCAUCAUAUUGCUUCGAAACA